AUGGACAUGCUUGGACCGGGUCAGAGUAACCUGAGCAAUCACCACAAAACCUUCGAAGUCCCAGUACCCGUUGAGCCCUCAUGGCUACCAUAUCUCGGACACCCUUUGAAUCUGGUCUGGAACGCAAACAGCUAUCUAAAUCGCCUACGAAGCAAGUAUUCUGGCGGAAUCUUUUCUCUCAACCUCCUGGGCACUCGACACCACAUCUUGCACACGCCCGGCUUGACACACACGUUCUUUGCGCAAGAUGAGAAAGCAAAUGUCAACGACGUUGCAGAGCACAUCGGCAUCGUCGUUUUCGGCUUUCCCAAGGAUGAAGGCAGGAAGUUUCAGGAAGCUGCGGGCGAACUGCAUGCUUUGGGGAAAUACCUUGUGAAUGAAGAGUUUUUGGGAGUCAUGGUAGAGCGGACAACGCGCAGGGCGCAAGAAAAUCUCGCCGACUUCGUUACUGGAUCCGAGGAUUUGGUAGAGCAGAAGCCAUGGGAGCGACGGUCUCGUGUCAGGAAAACGACGGAUAAGCAAGGUCACGAUGUUUUUGAGGCAAGUCUCUUCACACUCGUCCGCGACUUCAUUGCUAACAUGUCGUGUCCGUCGAUCAUGGGCUCAGACUUCCUCAACAACUUCCCCGACUUCUUUGACGACAUCUGGACUGUAGACAAGGAGUUCUUCAAGCUGAUCGCAAAUCUGCCUUGGUGGGUGCCCUUCCCUGGGAUGAAAGAGGGUCGAGCGGCUCGUGAUCGAAUCGUCGAACGCCUUCUUUUAUUCGAGAGGGCAAUGGAAAAGCGCAGGAAGGGAGCAGAUCCGGGUCCAGACUGGCCCUGUCUGCAAGAUGUCGGGCACUACGUACAAGAGCGUCAGAAUGUUUAUGAGAAGUAUGGAUGGUCUCUACGAGCGAGAGCGGCCUACGAACACUCUCUGAAUUGGGCAGCGAACGCGAAUUCCAAUGGCCUGACCUUCUGGAUGCUGAACCGCAUUUACAUGGACAAAGAUCUGCUGGCACAAUUGCGAGCGGAGAUACAGCCUUACAUUCGGCUGCGUGCAGGGUCAGGCUUGCGAGGAUCCGUCGAUGGACAGGGAUCGUCAGCCUCGUCUGGGUUUGAGAGCCUCGACUACAACGGAUUGAUCGAGCGAUGCGCCCUGCUUAAAAGCUGUUAUAUCGAAUGUCUGCGAGUGCACACUGCGAGCUGGUCUUUCAAGAUGGUCAAAGAAGACUUCAGCUUGCAAGCCAGGAAGGACAGUCAAGGCUGGCUUCUCCGCAAGGGAGACUACUGCCAUGCAGCACACGAGCUUCAUAACACAGAUCCGAAUUAUUUCGAGGACCCUCUAGAAUUCAAGCCGAAUCGCCACAUCAAGUACGAUCCUGAGAAGGGCUAUGAUGUUGCAGAUUUGGGCACAAUCAGACCGUAUGGCGGCGGCUCAAGUAUGUGCAAAGGACGACAUUUUGCUGUGAAGGAGGUGAUGAUCUUCACAGCUGCGAUCAUCUCAAUGUGGGACAUGGAAGCAGCAGGAGGUGGAGAAUGGAAGAUGCCUGCCUCCAGAAAGACGACUGCUACACAUGGUACUGACGACGAUUGCAGAGUCUGGAUCUCGAGGAGGGAGUCAAAAGAAAAGCCGUAGAAGAUGCACGAGGCCAUUACACACAAGAUACUGCAUACUAUAGAGUUAAUUGCCACUGGACACCUAC